UCUCUCUAGAAGCAGCCGGCGGGCAACACCAUUUUACAGGCAUUGCUUUUUGUUUCAAUCCUCUGUUCUUCUUCCGAGCCUGAGACUGACUGAGAUCAGGAACCAUUGAACGGCAGAGAGAUUAUUUUUGUUUGAAUUUUGAGGAGAACUCUCAACACCUGCCUUUGUUAGCAAGUUAGCCUCGUGUCCUUAAAGGCUCCUCAUACUUAAUUCUCUCUCUCUGUUAUAUUCUGUUUUGUUUUAUUUUCUUUAAUCACUUAUUCAGUCGUACAGUAGUUGUAGCUAAAACCGUGCGAACGGAGCAGCUCUUUGUUCGUGCCUCGGAAAAAAACACCAGCACCACCUGAUGAUGAGGAUGAUGAUGGUGGUGAUGAAGAGGAGACACAGCUGAGAGCUGAGUGUGUGUGGUUGUGUUGCGUUCACAUUGGGAGUGGGAAGAACCCCCCUCCCCCACACACACUGCAUCCAUGUUCUCCCCCGACCAGGAAAACAUCUCCACGUCGUCAACCAAAGUGCCAGUCAAAUAUGGAGAACUCAUUGUGCUCGGAAAAGCACUGGAUCAAAUUUCAACCAUACAGGCUUUGUUUAUGCUUUUGUAUAAUGGCUCUCUACCCAACGGGGACCGGGGUAGAAGGAAGAGCAGAUUUGCACUCUUCAAAAGACCCAAAUCCAACGGAGUCAAACCCAGCACUGUACACGUAGCCUGCACCCCACAGGCUGCCAAGGCCAUAAGUAACAAGGAUCAGCACAGUAUUUCCUACACGUUGUCCCGUGUACAGACAGUGGUGGUGGAGUACACUCAAGACAGCAAUACAGACAUGUUUCAGAUUGGCCGCUCAACUGAAAUUCCAAUAGAUUUUGUGGUGACCGACACGGUUCCCGGGAGUCAGAGUAACUCUGACACUCAGUCAGUUCAGAGCACCAUAUCUCGCUUCGCAUGCCGGAUCAUAUGUCAGCGAACGCCCCCUUACACCGCCCGCAUCUACGCCGCUGGAUUCGACUCCUCCAAGAACAUCUUCCUAGGGGAGAAAGCAACAAAGUGGAAGACAUCGGAUGGACAGAUGGAUGGUCUGACUACUAACGGUGUGUUGGUAAUGCAUCCUCGCCAUGGUUUCACAGAGGACUCCAAACCCGGUGUGUGGAGAGAGAUUUCAGUGUGUGGAAACGUGUUCACCUUGAGAGAGACACGUUCGGCUCAGCAGAGAGGGAAAAUGGUGGAGAAUGAGACUCAAGAGUUAGUGGAUGGCUCUCUGAUUGAUCUCUGCGGAGCGACUCUCUUGUGGCGUACUGCUGAAGGGCUUUCCCGCACUCCCACUGUCAAACACCUGGAGGCGCUCCGGCAAGAGCUGAAUGCUGCUCGUCCCCAGUGCCCCGUGGGUUUCAACACCCUUGCCUUCCCCAGCAUGCAGCGGAAGGACAUAGUGGACGAGAAGCAACCCUGGGUCUACCUAAACUGCGGUCAUGUUCACGGCUACCACAACUGGGGUAACCGCGACGCAGAGCGAGAGGGAAGGGAGGGCCAUGAGCGGGAAUGUCCCAUGUGCCGUGCUCGUGGGCCGUACGUGCCGCUGUGGCUAGGCUGCGAGGCAGGGUUUUAUCUGGAUGCGGCCCCUCCUACUCACGCGUUCAGCCCAUGCGGCCACGUGUGCUCAGAAAAAACAGUGGCAUAUUGGAGUCAAAUCCCUCUUCCUCACGGAACGCACACCUUCCAUGCUGCCUGCCCUUUCUGCGCCCAGCAGCUCAGCAGUGAGCAGGGAUACAUCAAACUGAUCUUCCAGGCGCCCGUGGACUAAAUACACCUGCAUAUGUCCUUUUACCCAGUAACCCAUUUGACAAACAUUAGCCAGGCAUUUCUUUCUGUUGAUCCUAUAAUUUGAUUUUAUAAAGAUGACAUUUUCUGUGCUCUCAGACUGUUUUUUUCCCUCCCUUUCUGGUUUGUAAGUGACCUUAAUACUGCUUUUUCGAAUACAGAGAAAAACAAAAAGAUAUAUUUUCAAAUAAAAAGAUUAUAAUUUAAAAAAAAAAAAGGAUUAGACCUCUUCAGAACAGCAGAGCACAUGCACACCCACAUUUGAGCGUUCUGAUUGGGUGGCUCUGCUUGUCAUUUGAAGCGGUGGGCGUGGCCAUUACAGAUGGUGAUGUGUACAGUGUUUAUUUGCUAACAGUAAUUCUCAGCACUAAAGAGGCAAUACACCAUCCAUGUAUGUUUAUAAUGAGCUUACAGACUAUCUGUAAGUCUAUCUGUACUCAAUUUAUUCAAUAAUUCACAGCAUUUCAUAAAGCAACUACAUUUAGAUUCCAGA